AUGUUGCUGCUCUUAGGGCAGGAAAACUGUGCUGUAUUAAUCUGAAUGUCUGAUGUGGUGUUAUGUUAUUGCUCUUAGCUGCCAAAGACAAACUUCUGUAAUUGUUCAUUAACAAAGUACCAAUUAUAGUACGAACUUUUAACACCUGUGUUAAUAUUUGUGAUGUGUUAAUAUAUUGUCAUUAUGUCAACUUAUAGCCCUCUCUUCAAGGGGAAUUUCUUUUGGAGAAAAAUGAAUGUCUUAAAAAUUAUGAAGUCAGAAGGACUACAUAGAGAAUCCAAAAUUGGACAAAUUGGUCCUUAUCCACUUUAUGUGAAAAGUUUUGAAUCACUAAUAGACAACAACAAAGUGUCUGAUGAGGUCAUGGAUGCCUUGUUUCACCUGUUCAGCAUGAGGCAACCUGAUGUUCUGGCUAUUAAUACCCACACCCUGACUGAUAUUCUGGAAGGGAAACCAAGAGCAAGGAGCCGUUACUUUACCAAGAGGAACAUCUUUGAAAACAUAAAGGAGAUCAUCGGUCCCUAUCUGGAGUGUGGGAAUCACUGGACCUUUUUUCACUGCAGUAUUGUUGAUCAUACUAUUACUUACUUAAAUUCACUGGGGGAAGAAGAUGAACAGUACUACAAAUUAGCAGAAAAUUGGAGCAUAUUUGCUGCAUCAAAAGGCUACCGGGGACCGUGGAAAAGAACAAAGAGGAACCAUACCCUUCAGAAUGACACUAUUUCAUGUGGCGUUUUUACAGCAGUGUUUGCUGAGGCUUUUUUAGGUGACACAAGGGGCUAUCUUGCAUGCUCGCCUGUACUGCAGGAGAGAGAACGACUGGGGAUAUUUCUAUUCAGUUCACUUGGGGGAUUUCUGGUGGAAAGUGUUUUGAAGGUUUCGGACUUUAACCAAGCAAAAAGAUACCUGGUUACAUCAGAAGAACUGCAAAGGAGAUGCUCCCUACCAGAAUGCUACUCCGCAAACACAGUAGUGGCCUACCUACGGAAGGCCAAGGGCCAAAAACAGAAAAUUACAGAGAAGUUGGUGGAGUUGGAGGUGACGCCCUCAAAGCGCACAAAGUUAACUUCACAGUGCUCAAAACUUUGUGAAGCUUCAUCUCUGUUUGGUACCAUUGAAUGAACUGGGCUAAGCUAAGUGCUACCAAAGUGUCGCCGCACGCCACAGCGCUUGCGUGCACCCACUAAGAUGAUAGAGGUAUAUGUAUCAACUCUUCUUAGUAAAGGUGAUAACAGUUUAAUAUGACAAAACGAUGGAGUAUCCCUUUAACUCUGAGUCAAACUACUUUGUGUCGAUUGAACUAACUCAGAUCAGCUGUUCUGUACCCAAAACUCUGAAUUGUUGAACCACCUUACUGAAACAGGCCCCUGAUCUGUUACUUUAACCAUGACAUGUUUGUAUAAGCAGAAUUCACAACCAGAAAAUAUUUGCACACUUGAUCUUUAUAAAUGUAUUGUGUGCAAAUUAGACAUCAUUUCAAAUAUUUACAUUGUGU